CUCCNCAACAUCCUCCCGGAGGAACAGUGCGGAUUUCGACCCGGGCGAUCCACCGUCGACAUGCUAUUCGUCGUGCGCCGCCUCCAGGAGCUGAGGCGGAGAAAGAAAAUAUCGCUCUACAUGUGCUUCGUCGACUUGAACAAGGCGUAUGACUCCGUGGACCGAGAGAUGCUAUGGAAGGUGCUGGCCAGGGCCGCGAUUCCCGCGAAGCUGAUCGAAGUCAUCCGCCAAUUCCACGAUGGAAUGCGGGCCCGGGUGCGAAUGGACGACGGAGAACUAUCGGACUGGUUCUUCGUGACACAGGGCGUGCGACAAGGAUGCGUGCUAUCCCCACUGCUGUUCAACAUCUUCUUCGCCGAGGUCCUCGAGGUCGUUGUCAUCCGAUUCAGCGAGGAUGAUGUUGUUCUGCGGAGCCUGGUGUGCUUGGAGGAGGGGAAGACGGAAGCGGGGAGGGGGGAGGAGACACGCCUUGACCGAGCACGGAGGGCAGUAUGGGGGAUGCUGUAUGCCGAUGAUGCCGGCGUCGUAUCGGGGUCUGCAGAAGGACCGGCGAGAAUGAUGACCAU